GUGAAAAUAAUAAGGUAAGGUUAGUCCGGCAUUCUUUGGUAGAUAGGGUGACACAGCGUUUGUAUUUGUACAGAUUCUGUGUUUGCUAACUUGAAUACUGUUUGGUGUACAAGCGGUUCUCUUUUAUAAGCGGUAAAAAUUUCAUUUUUACUUUCAUAAUGUUUCGAAAUCAAUAUGAUAGCGAUGUGACCGUAUGGAGUCCCCAAGGCAGACUUCAUCAAGUUGAAUAUGCUAUGGAAGCAGUAAAUCAAGGAUCGGCAACUGUUGGUCUGAAAAGUGAGACUCAUGCUGUACUGAUAGCUUUGAAGAGAGCAUCGUCAGAAUUAUCUGCCUAUCAAAAGAAAAUAAUAAAUAUUGAUGAUCAUAUUGGAAUUACAAUUUCUGGCCUUACUGCUGAUGCUAGAAUUCUUAGUCGUUAUAUGAGAACUGAAUGUUUGAAUUAUAAGUAUUCACAUGACACAUAUUUGCCUUUGAGUAGACUGAUCAGUCAAUUGGGUAAUAAAAUGCAAAUAUGCACUCAACGAUAUGAUAGGAGACCUUAUGGCGUUGGUUUGUUGGUUGCUGGUUAUGAUGAUCAAGGUGCACAUAUUUUUCAAACUUGUCCAUCUGCCAAUUUCUAUGAUUGCAAAGCUAUGUCAAUAGGUGCAAGAUCACAAUCUGCCAGAACAUAUCUAGAAAAACAUUUAGAUGUAUUUCCAACAGCACCUGUUGAGGAAUUAAUUAAACAUGGGCUUAGAGCUCUUAGGGAUACAUUGCCUCCAGAAAAUGAUUUGAAUAAUAAAAAUGUCUCAAUUGGGUUUGUUGGUAAAGGCCUGAAAUUCAAAAUAUUGAAUGAGGAUGAGAUAUCUUCAUUCUUGGCCCUUAUUGCUGGAGAAGAACGUAGGGGCGCCGGUGCUGCAGCUGCUGCUGCCGCAGCAGAACCAAGUGCACUUCGUGAUGAUCCAGCGGGGGACGAUGCAUCCCGGGAUCCAUCUCCAGCUGUAGCAAUGGAUACAGAAUAAACACGGUUGUGUUGAACCUGUUUUUAUCUACAAGGCUUGUUAACAAUUCUUUCUUUUCCUCUAUUUCACGGCAUAUUGGUUACUUGCUGUGACUGCUUUGAUUAAAGGUCAAGUAAGCCUAUCCUCAGGGCAGUCACAGCAGAAAUUAUAUAUCAAUUUCUUCCUUAUUGUACAGGAUCGUAACUAAUUAAAUUUUUCAUAUCCAUACUGUUUUAUUAUGAAAUUGGUAAGGAAACUAUUUUUAAAGAGGAAGCUAGAAACAGGUGCGCAACUUUUAAUUUUGAAGAAGCUUUAUUUUUAAACUAAUCAUUUCUAUUGAUAUCUGUAUUCUGUUUAUUUACAAUAAACACAAAUGAUGUGCCUCA